UAUAAUUCAAUAAUUCUCGGAAUACUUUUACCGAGACCAGAAUACACGUCCAAAGAGAAAAGAAAACCCUUUGUGUAAACCAACUCUCAUAAUUGACUUUAGUUGUGUGCUAAAGUUAAAGGCUUAGUGAAUGAGAUCAUGUCGCAAGCUAACCAAAGCUGUACACGAAAUCAAGUGACUUUCGCUUACAAGUUUGGUGAUCUUAACCGUGUUACGGGUUACCCGAAAUGUUCGAUACCAACAUCACAUUAUCAUUCUUGACGAAGUUUCCUAAUGAGAUACGUAGAUAUAUAUACCCUCCCAACUUUAUCAUGGUAGUAAAACUUCUCUUUCAGAAGCAGAAAAGGGGACAAAUAGUUUUAUGUUAUUGUUUCCUUCAGGUAAUGGCACUCCUGGUCUUGGCAAUUAUGAUUGCUGCAGCAAUAAGCAAAGAAGUAUACUUUGUCCAUGGGGAAAUCGGCACUGCAACAUUUUAUAACCCUCCAUACAUACCAACUCAGUGUGAUGGUAAUCGAGAAGAACAGUUUCCACCUGGGAAUCUGUUUGUUGCUGUUAGUGAGGGAUUAUGGGACAACGGAGCUGCUUGUGGGAGGCGGUACAGAUUAAGAUGCCUAAGCGGACCCCAGAGACCGUGUAAGCAUAGAACCAUUGAUGUCAAAGUGGUGGAUUUCUGCCCUAUCACACCAUGCCCCUCUACGAUGAUGCUGUCCAGGGAUGCUUUUGCAGCUAUUGUGCAUCAACAUGGAAGGAAAGUCAAUAUCGAAUAUAUACAGGUUUGAGAAAUUAGCUAGCAUGAGAACAAUCAGAUCAUAAUACCAGCUUCGGCCUGUGUAGAAGAAAAAUACAUGCAGGGAACAAAUUAGAAGUGUGAUAAAGAAGUUAAUAUCAAGUUCCUAAAUUCUUUGACUGAUCGACAGAAAUAUCAGUAACAUCAGCAAUAACUAUUGGAGUCUGCUACAUAAGAGGGCAGAAAUCACAUGGGAGACCACAUGCAGUUAUCUUUGUUUCAUAAAAGGAUAUUGAUGUUGUUUAGAAGUAAUGCAAGUACUAUUUUAUA